GCGGCACUGGAGCACAGAGGACACUUGAUCGUGCGGCGCGCAGGGCGGGGGGCCGCCGCUGCCUCCCCGCGGGAUGGCUGGCACUGUGCUCGGAGUCGGUGCGGGCGUGUUCAUCUUAGCCCUGCUCUGGGUGGCAGUGCUGCUGCUGUGUGUGCUGCUGUCCAGAGCCUCCGGGGCGGCGAGGUUCUCUGUCAUUUUUUUAUUCUUCGGUGCUGUGAUCAUCACAUCAGUUCUGUUGCUUUUCCCGCGAGCUGGUGAAUUCCCAGCCCCAGAGGUGGAAGUUAAGAUUGUGGAUGACUUUUUCAUUGGCCGCUAUGUCCUGCUGGCUUUCCUUAGUGCCAUCUUCCUUGGAGGCCUCUUCUUGGUUUUAAUCCAUUAUGUUCUGGAGCCGAUCUAUGCCAAACCACUGCACUCCUACUGACCACUCUUCAGGAAAACGAAAACCUGUUCUCUCCUUCAUUGUGAUGACAUUGAUGAGCAGGAAGGCACUAUUCAGAGCCUUGUUUUGACAGCCCUCAUGCCUUAAGGUUAGAGGAGUAUCCGUCCAUCACUAAGACAAAUCUCUUGAGUCCUGGCUUCCAGAAACAGGAUUGCCAAAUUGUCCCUGUGGGGCUAGAUUCUUACCAGCUUAAGAAGGAUAUUGCUAUCUUCUUAGUACCCGUACCUUAGGAUUUCCAACUGUUUUGAAAGGGAAAUAGUAACAGUGAUCUGCUUAGAGUGGAUUUUCACUCAAGUCCUUAGUAAGUGGAUUUUGGGGGAAAAAGCACAAGGGCUUCUGGUUCUUUUUGAUAAUAUAUAAAAUUCUUCAUUAUGAGGUUGCAGUCGUUUGCAAAGGAGAGGCACUCAAAUUUGAAAGGUUAUUUUAAUGUGAUAAUUUGGAAGACUUACUCAGAUGUUGGUCAUUGACCACUCCGUGCAUAUAUUUCUGCAGAGCUCUAUGAAGGCAAUGAGUGUCACUUCCCUCUGCUCUAAUAAAGCAAUAAAUAAUAGCUAAAGGGCUGACUUUCACUUCGAACUCUUGGCCAUGGCUUUUUAAUCAAGUUCUUUAGGUUUCCUUGGGAUUAGAGGAAAGGUAUGGAAAUAUUGUUUUUUGUCUUGCCAUGUAUCUGUAGGUUUUUUUCUUCCAUGAUGUGGUGGGCUGUGUGUGCCUUAUUUAAUUACCAUGAGUCCAUUUUGGGGUGUCUUCACUUUUCAUCUUUGUAGCCCUUUCUCCAAAGCUAGUGAGGAAGGUAUAUUCUCAACAUCAGAUAUAACUCUAUACCUGUCUGAUCUCCCAGACCAAAUGAAAUUUGCAUUAAAUGGAGGGGCUCUGGUCAGGUUCCACUUUGGAAGUCUGAUCCUGACUCCCUAGAGCCAUUUGAAAAAGAAUCUUCUGGCUUAAAAUUAAGAACCAAGAAAACAAGUUGGAAAGAGAUCACUGAUGGAGUACGUGCUCUAUGCCAGUAGCACACUAAUUCCUUUGAGGUUUAAUUUAUUUAAUUUUUACAACGGUCUCAUUUUUAUCAUCCCCACUUUAAA